AUGCUAACCUUAAACCCAGCCCUCACUCCAGUCCACUUCUUCUCCCACGGCUCGACAAUGAUGCUAGGCGAAGAAUCCACCUCAGCAACCUACUGGAAAGCCUGCGGCGACGCCGCUCUGGCCAACAACAUCAAAGGCGUAAUCAUGAUGGGCGCGCACUGGGACUCGACCGGCGAAAACAGCAUCGAAGUCGCCACGAACCCAACUCCAGCCAAGUCUCCCGUCGCCUACGUCCAUCCAUCCAAAUACGUUGACUACCGUCUCACUCCCGACUUGCCCACCGCCAGCCGCGUGAUCGAUCUCCUCAACACCGCCGGCUUCAACGCCAAAGGUAACCCGACUUUCGACUGGAUCCACGACACCUACCUCAUUCUCAUCCGCAUGUUUCCCGCCGGUUGUCCGCCCACGACAAUCAUCUCCAUGAACGCCCGCUUCGAUCCGCACUUGCACAUGCGAGUAGGCAGCGCAGUGCGUUCGCUGCGUGAGGAAGGGUACCUCCUCAUCGGCACCGGCGGAGCAGUGCACAAUCUGUACCGCAACCGAUGGGGACCAAUGUUGAAGUACAGAGACAGCUUCGCACAAGAAACGCCGCCGGAAGGCUGGGCAUUGGAGUUCCGGCAAAGUGUGGAAGAUUGUUUCCGGAACUGCAGAGGGCCGGCGUUGCGGCGGGCGGUGACGAGGUUGAUGAAGCAUCCGAUGUUUCGAGGUGCUCAUGCUACGGAUGAUCAUUUCAUGGCGGCUUGUUUUGUCGCUGGAGCGGCUGGGGACUGGGAGGAUGAGAAGGAGAUGGAGGGAAGACUGGGCGCGGAGACGUGGGAGUUGACGAAUAUGUGUAAUAGUCAGUUUACGAUUGGGAGCUGGGGUGGGAAGGAGAUUGUAGUUUGA